AUGCGAGUCGUUCUCAUCGUCGCCGCCACGAUCAUGCUGACGGCGGCCGACGACGUCAGCAGCGAGCAGUAUAGCGCGCGAGAGGGACUCAUCGGACACGGCGGCAUUUUCAAGCUUCUCGACUGGACCGACUACGAGCUGGCGAUGAUCUCAUCGCUUCACGCCACCGCCAGCUAUCCGGAAUUGAUGAAGCUCGUCAAACAGAAGCUCGUCGACGCUGAACUCCACGCAAGCGAGAGGAGGCGAAUCGAGCGGAUGCUGAUCGCGUUGCGACCGCCGGCGGUCUUCAACAAUUUUCUCAACGAGGCCGAAAAGCAAAAGAUUCGAAAAGCGCACAGUCAUCGCGACAUCGAGUACAUUCUCGGCACGAUCAACAAAAAAAUCGAGCAGCUUCCGCCGACGCAAAAGAGCGAAGCCGUCAACUACAUGCUCUCGCAUUCGCCGGCGAUGCCCGACGACGUCAAUUAUGAGAGGCGCCGCUCAUCGAUGUGUAUAAAACGCCGAUUGUACAUUUAG